AUGUUGAGAAGAGUUGUAAAUAAAUGUUCAUCAUCUUUGUUGAUGAAUGGUACUGCUACUCUUUCUUCAACCUACAAUAGUGGUAGUGGUUUUGGUUAUAACAUGACAUCAUCAUCAAAUAGUAAUAGUAAUAAUAAUGAUAGAAAGAUUGAAAAGUAUUGUUAUUGUUCUUCUUCUUCUUCAUCAUCAUCGACAUCAUCAUCAACAUUGAUGUUACCAAAACAAGAUACAAAGAUGAAAAGUAAUGGAGGUAGAAAAGUAUCAACUACUUCUUCAACUUUGACCACUGCUUCAACUACAACUACAUCGACAUCAAAUUUAUCAUCAAUAAUUAGAUCAAAAUAUAAAGUAUUAAGAGAGAAUAAUAAUCCACAUAGUUCUCAAUUGAAUCAACAACAACAAGAUCAAGGUGGAAGUAGAACACGAUUCCGAUGGGAAGAGACACCAAAGACUGUAUUGAUUGUCAAAAAACACAAGGAUAAACGAACAACUCAAUGGUUGACAACCAUUGCACAGUGGAUGACGACGACACUCAAUCUCCGUGUUCUCGUCGAACCCAAUGUACACAGCCAAAUGGAGACAUCACAUAUUGAAACCUACACUGAAGAAGAGAGUCACAUACUUGGAAACAUUGUCGACUUUGUCAUCACACUCGGUGGUGAUGGUACCCUAUUACACGUUUCAUCAUUAUUUAAAGAAGAUGUUCCUCCAAUCAUAUCUUUUCAUUUGGGUACUCUUGGAUUUUUAAUGCCAUUUAAUGUUGAAGAUUACCAAGAGGCAUUGACAAAUGUAAUGAAAGGUGAUUUCUUAUGUACAAAUAGAAUGAGAUUGAUUUGUGAUGUUUAUCACAAACAACAUCUUGGAACGACCCAAGCCGGUAAAACAUUCCAAGUAUUGAAUGAAGUAACUAUUCAUCGUGGUUCAAAUCCUCAUUCAAUGGUCAUUAAUUGUACAAUCAAUGGUCAUAUGUUGACUGAUAUAGUUGGAGAUGGAUUGAUUGUUGCAACAGCAACUGGAUCAACAGCAUAUUCAUUGUCUUGUGGAGGACCAAUGGUUCAUCCUUGUAUAAAUUGUAUAGUAAUUACCCCCAUUGCACCUAGUUCCUUAUCAUCCAAACCUGCUUUAUUACCAGAUGAUUCAAUUUUAAAAUUAAAUAUAUCACAAAAAGGAAAAUCAUUUACAACUACAUUUGAUGGUACUCGAUCAAUCAAGAUGGAACAGGGUGAACAUAUUAUCAUUCGAAAAUCAUUCUUUCCCUUGUUGACAAUUAACAAGACCAAUGAAACAACAGACUGGGUUCAUGGUAAUGGAAAGUUAAUUGAAAUGAGUGAACGUUCUAGUUUUUGGAAUCAAACCGUUCAUACAACCUCUGCAAAUUAA